AUGCCGAUGUCCAGACAAGAAUUGGAGCAAGUCGAGCAAGCACUGCAACAGUUGAAGCUUCAAGACCUCCAACACAUAAUUGCGAACUUGAAUGGAAGUAAAUUUGGAAAGAAGGCAGAAUUGGUGCAGCGUUUGACAGUGCUUCUGCGGAAUCCUGCUUCACAGGACCGAAGCUUUCGAGCUGUCAGAGAGUAUCAACAACGGAUGACCUCCAAUUUGAUGCGAACAGGCUACAUACCUCCAGUCAAUCCAUAUGCAUUUGGACAACAGCCGGGAGGCGGUUACCCUUAUGGUGUUCAGCAACAAUUUCCCGGACCGCCAAAAGGCGUUGUUGGUCUACAUCCGGUGCCACUACCUUUUUUUGACGUCAUCGAGAGCAUUGUUCAGCCAACGGAAUUGCCUCCUGCAGGAGCAGUCCAUGUGAAAUUGCCAGCAAAGCAAACUGUUACAUUCACGAUCCCGGUACAACAUGCUAAUCAUCUCAACUACAAUUCGGAAAGUCACGCUUUACCACGAUACGAAAUUCAGCUCAGAUUCUUUCACCUUGGAGACAAUUGGCAACAAAAACCACAGCCCGACGAUUUUCCAUUGAAUUGCCAAGUUCGUCUCGAUGAGCUCAAUGUUUCGCUUCCGCCUGUCAUUCCAACGAACCGCCAAAACGUCGAACCAAAGCGACCAUCUCGACCAGUAAACUUGACACCGAUUAUCCAGAAUAUUGGACGUGUUGGAACACGGCAACAUCGUCUCGUCGUAGACUGGACCGCUGAUCGACGUGCUUGGGCUUUUUCGGUCAACUUUGUUUAUCGCCUUAAUUCGGAAAUUUUGAUUAGACGAUUGAAAGAAAAGGUGAAUUGUGUUCAGCCACAAGAUGUCACAAAACAGAUUAUUAUUCGACGUUUGACUACUGGAGAUGAAGAUGGUAUUUGUCUGGAGCAAAUUAAAGCAAGUGUCAAAUGCCCAUUGACUCGAACACGGUUGUCUACUCCAAUUCGUUGCCGAGAUUGUGAUCACCUUCAAUGUUAUGAUCUAGAGAAUUACAUCCAAAUGAAUGAGAAGAAGCCGACUUGGAAAUGUCCUGUUUGCUCUCAUCCUGCGCCAUAUGAACGUCUUCUCAUUGAUGAGUACUUUGUCAAGGUGCUUAACGAGACAAACAAAGAUGUCGAUGAAGUGGAACUUUUGCGCGAUGGUGGAUGGAAAGUGAUUGUCGAAGAGGCAUUUGCAUUGAGUUCUGAUGACGAUGAAGAUGUGAAGCCAGCUGCAAGCACCCAAGCAAAUGCAAGUACCGUAAGGACAGAACGCCCAAGCACCGAUUCUGGACCACCACCAGCAAAGAAGAAGUGUCCUCCACCCAACGAUGAUAUUAUUACACUCGACGAUUCGGACGAUGACGAUGAAAUUCAAAGAGCUACCGAAGCUUCAAUUGCCGAGGCAACCAGGCAAAAUGAGCUGAAUGCAUCAACGGAGAGUGCCAAUAAAGAAGUUGGUUCCACCACCAUUUCUACUUCUCCAGCUGCACAACCCUCAACUUCUGAAGUGACUGCACCAAAUAGUAUUCCUACCACUCCUGUCAGAAAGAAUAACGGAAAUAGCUCAAGUGAGAUUGAGAUUAUCACAUUGGAUGACACGCCGCCUAGGCCAGUACCAUUAUCGGCUCAAAAUGGAGUUGCCGUGGGAAUUUGGAGGCCAGAUUCGAAUGCUUCUGCAUCAUCAUCAGCGAUUGGCAGCUCAAGCACACCGAAUCCUGGAGAAAAUACAGCAAACGCCGGAAACAUUCAACCGACCAACGAGCUUACGUUUGGUUUGGAUGAGAGAUCGAUCGAGAAUGUCACUCGUCUUUUGUCUGGCCACACACCAGAGCCCCUAAACUACCAUAUGAAUUUCAACCAAAUGCUUCUGGAUCGGGCUCAAAAUCCGCACUUGCAAACCGCCCUUGCACAAUUCCCGGCAUUCACCGGAGCCAACUAUUCGAACUACGCAAGUUUUUCGAGGAUUUUCUCAAACCCGGGUGCUUCUUCGAGUGGAUCGUCGACUUCGCACCCUCAUGGACCACCACAAGGCUUCAACUCAUAUAACGGGUACCCC